GCCAAGACGAUCCUCAAAGUUUACAAAUAUGUCGAAGCUCGCAUGAAUGGAACCAAAUGGCUAAUGCACUUUCCUUCACAUUUAUUCACGUUUUGUGUCUUUUGCUGCACUGUUCUGCGUCCAGUGCUCAAAACGUCGUUUUUCAGCCCUCUUUUCUGACCAUACAUGGACCUUCAAUGACUGCACUGUUGUAUGGAUUCUCCUCAAAAAUCACCCUGAACCUGCAGGCAAUACCAUCCUCUAAUGUGACAGGCAGCUUUGUUCCUCCUUCUUGUGUGCCUGGUGUGACACAGUGGAUUCUGACAAGUGAACUCAUUGCAAAGACUGCUGUUCAAGUUAAACUAAGACUCAACAGAAGUCUUCGUUUGUGUGGCAAUAAUGAGACUGACACUGAUUGCUGUGUUAAGCCACUGUGUGUCCUGGAGACCCUUCAACUCACUGCCUGUGAAGGGAAUACAUCACAAGCUUCACUGAUUAUUCAGGUCAAGAUUUACGCUCUGCUGGGUUCUGGGAACAUGGUAUUUGAUAACAGCACAAUAAUUCAAAAUCAAGUGUACAGGCCUUUGGGGGAUUGUCCCUGUGACCUUACUUUCAACACUUGUGAUCUAUGGUGCUGCUGUGACAAGGACUGUUCUACUGCGGAUUUUAAGCUCUUUAGAUACCGCUGUCUUACAGGACCUUUUGGUGGGCAGUUCCCUGAUCCAGAGUAUCAAUGCUCAGUCCAGUCCACUCAGAACUCCCCAGAUUGGUUUCCGUUCUUGUGUGUAACCUCCCCACCUGAGAAUAAUCCUUACCUUGGACUUUUCUACCAAGGCAACACAAUGGCCCCAAAACCUGGUAUUUCAUUUGGAGGUUCUGUUUCAUUAGCACCAGCAUUAUCAAAUGCAUAUACUGAAGGAAGUCCCAUUUUGACAAUAAAAGAUCAGUACUUUACAAUUCCACAGACACUUAAUGGGCAUUGUGUGACCAAUGCUCCUGUGGCCUUUUUGAAAAACCUUGAUGUCAGAUGUGUAACCUCAGUGCAGGCCUGUCCAACUGAGUUUCCAUUACAGACAAUACCUGAAGAUUUAAGAGCUGUUGUGAAGAAUGGUAUUGCUGUCUUUGUAGGAAAUGUUGUGGUGGAUGUAACUGACCAACUGGCUACUGAAUUAAAUGAGUUUGUUACAAGCAGUGACAUAUUUGGCUCAUCAGGCCUAGUAUGUGAAAACGUCACUUUGGCCUUGGAUUACAACUUCCACUGGAAAGAAAAUGGCAUAACUGGAAUCACAUUAACCCGCACUGUCGGCAGUGUGACUCUGAAGGGCAACGUGUCAUUAACUACAAGAUACUCUGCAAUGUUUCUAAGUGGAGACAUUAUGAGUGAACCCAAUUCAGGAAACCCAGGGUAUCAGGUGGGAAGGCCUGUAAUUGGAGGAAUCCUAAACACAUCAAUAGGGAAUGAUACUGUAUUAAUAGCUAGGUCCCCAAUGCAUCUGUGGAAACCAGUCAACAGUGGCAUUUGUUCAUCAGCCGAUGUGAGGCCUUUGUUAUUUGGUGAGAAUUCAACAUCUGGAUGUCUGAUUCCUGUCAGUCGGCAAAAUCUUACUGAAUGUAGUCUCCUGAGAAAUUCUGUACAUUCUCUCCAAGGAGCUCUGAUUGAAGCCACAUUGGUUGCUAGAAAUGGUCAUCCUGAUGCUCUAACUCUGGCUGACUGGCUAAAUAUUACCUAUGUAACCCUAAAUUCUAGUGGAGUAGAAGAUUCAAACAGUUCAUGCGCGGAUAUACCAUCCCAUUUACAUAUCUAUCUGUGGACUCUUGUCUCAGGCUUUGUGGAUGGGAUUCCUCAGAAAGACAUCAAAGCAGUACAAAUAAGCUAUAGCCUGUCUUCCUGGAGACUCAAAUGUGGAGGAGGGGACUCUGCAGUGUGUAUGGAUCCAGCAGAAACACAAUUGCUUCCCAUCACUUCCUCAGUCACAUUUAUUGAUAUUCCUUUAAACACAGGACCACCAAAAACCAGAUAUCAAAUAAAUUUCACUGAGUAUGAUUGCAACCGAAAUGAUGUAUGUUGGCCUGAGCUUGCCUUCCCUAUUACCAGAUUUUACACAGGUGAGUCAUACUCUCAAGCUCUGGCCAAAGGUCUUAUUUUGGUUUUCUUCUUUAUUGUUGCUUCUGUUCUGGGAAAUCCUUGGAGGCAAAUUCGACAGAUAUGGAACACUAUUUAAGAACAUUUACACACAGAAUAAUUAUCAAUGAUUUUCUGUAUAUGUGUAUAUAUUUUUGUAUCAGACAUUUUGAAAUAAAUGCUGUUAUUAAAACGCUCAAUUUGAUUCACAAAUUGU